AUGACAUUCCAAGCUGCUGAAGUUGAUAUACAGAGUGAAGCAGCUUUCGAACUUGCACGCAAAGGGUUGCCGAGAGCGCAACUGGCGGGGGCUCAGAUCGUUUAUAUGUGUACUGUUAAACAUUUCAACUUACCCUACUUUGCCAUCCAAGUACAAUGUGUAGGGGAAACGGAUGCGUUUCUGAGGUGCUUCAUUCAUGAACUGGGUGUAAGCCUCGGAACGACUGCCAGCUGUGUACGAUUACAGAGGUGA